AUGGCUCUUCAGCACGUUAUCAAAUUGAACCAAAUAUUCUACGAGUCUACGAGCUUCAUUCUUAAGCCUUCAUACUCACGAAAAGAUCUUGACUGCGGUGCAAUACUAUCAAAAUUAGCCGCCAAAAUGGCAUUAGAUGAACCAACAGGCUGCAACGUGAAAGUCAUAUGGCCCUACUCCAUCAUUCCAUGCGUUGUCAUCUUUUUCGGAGGACUGAUCAUCAUUUUUACGUCUAGACUGUGUCAAGGAGUCUACAAGUAUUUCAAAAAGUCUCGGACAACAGAACUUCGCGAAAAUAGAAAACCUUCAGCUGUUCAGCAGAUCGCAUCUUACAUGAAAACCGACGAAGAAGCUCUUGAUUCCAUCUGCAAGUCCGACUCUGUUGAUGAGGACAUCGCUAAACGCGUGAAGAGAAAAAAACUGAAAAUCAGAUUUUUUUUUUCACAGGCGCUGGCGGCCCAAACUAUUUUUGGCUCAAUCAUGAUUGCCUUAUCUUGCCUCACCUCUGUCAUAUCCUUGGUCGUCUACCUGAUAGACGCAUCCGGAGUUGAUCCAUUAGAAACGGAUUUUUUAGUUUCGAUCCGAGUAACAGACGCCGUUGAUUUGAUAUGCAAUGCCUUCUUCCUGUUUCAUUUCAUAUUAAAGCAGAGUUUGGUGCCGGUCCCAAGUUCGGGUAAAGGAGGAGAGUUGACAGGAGCUUGCUACACUGUUUUAAAAAAACGCUGCAAACACGAUGGAAUGAUUCUUGGAGAGAAAGCAAAAAAAACAUUAAUUGAAUACAAUCCGGUAAAUGACAGGUUGAUGUUUUCCAGAUUCAAAGGAUAUCCAAGAGAUAUUAUUGUGAUAGUUGCUUAUGCUCCAACACUAAAUCAUUCGGAUUAUGAAGUUGUAACGUUCUACGAACAACUGGAACAAACAUUGAAAGCAUUACCAAAGAAAGAUGUUAAGAUAAUUGUUGGGGAGUGGAAUGCUAAAAUUGGAAGUAACAACAUUGGUUUUGAAGAAGUUAUGGGAAAAUACGGUGUAGGAGAUAGAGGGGAAAGUUUACUAGAGUUUUGA